AUGGGCAUUUUAGUGUCGAAAUUAUUCAGGAAUCGAGAUAUGAGAAUCCUUAUGCUUGGUUUAGAUAACGCAGGAAAGACCACUAUUUUGUAUAAAUUGAAACUAGGCAAAACCUCGAAAACCGUACCAACAGUUGGGUUCAAUGUCGAAACAGUGAAACAUAAAAAUGUGUCGUUUGCGGUAUGGGAUUGCGGUGGUCAGGAAAGAAUCCGUCCCUUAUGGAGACACUAUUUUACAGGAACAAACGCUUUGAUAUAUGUGGUGGAUUCAAGUGAUGAGCCAAGGUUGGAAGAAAGUAAGGAAGAGCUAUGCCGAAUCAUUUCAGAUAAGGAAUUGAAAAAUUGCUUAUUAGUUGUAUUGGCUAAUAAGCAGGAUGUUCAUGGUGCUGUAAAGCCCAAAGAUUUAAUUGAGAAAUUCGAAUUGAAUAAAUUGAGCGCAAACCAUAUAUGGUCAGUUAUACCUACAGUGGCUGUUGAUGGUACAGGAUUAGUGGAAACAUUAAAUUGGAUAUCUUCACAUUCUAAAUAA